AUGUCAGAAAUUAAAACGUGGGCAUUUUGGAGGGCAGCUCUUGCUGAGGCUCUGGGAAUGAUCAUCUUUAUCUUCAUCGGCCUCUCAGCGGCAAUAGGUGACAAAAAUAACACCUACCCUGACCAGGAGAUAAAAGUGGCAUUUGCCUUUGGUUUGGCCAUUGCCACAUUAGCCCAGUGUAUAGGUCACAUUAGUGGUGCCCACCUGAAUCCUGCCAUCACCCUGGGCAUCCUGUCCAGCUGCCAGAUCAGUGUCCUCAGAGCCUUUUUCUAUAUCGUAGCUCAGAUUUUAGGAGCAGUGGCUGGCAGUGCCAUUGUGUAUGGUAUUAGGCCAGAAACCACAGAUUCUCUUGGUGUUAACAAGCUAAAUGGAAUCAGCCCAGGUCAAGGAUAUGUCAUAGAAUUCCUGCUCACCCUCCAGCUGGUCCUGUGUGUGCUCGCAGUCACUGACAAAAGGCGUGAUGUCAGUGGAUACGCACCUCUGGCUAUCGGACUGUCUGUGGGGUUGGGACACCUUGCUGGGAUCCGCUACACAGGAUGCGGUAUCAACCCAGCUCGAUCCUUUGGGCCUGCAAUCAUACUGGAAUCUUUUGAUGAUCAAUGGGUAUACUGGGCAGGACCAAUGAGUGCUGGUGUGGUGGCAGCUCUUCUUUAUAAUUAUCUACUGGCACCUAGAGACGAGCCCUUGAGUGAAAAAGCAAGGGUGUUAUUCUGCAGUGGCUCAUCACCGGAAAAUGAAACCCAGGAGCCCCUUCUGGAGAACACUAGAGAUGCAAAAUGGUCAAAGGAGCCAGUCUAA